AUUGUAGGCAGCACAAAUGCUGGGAAAUGUAGUCAAAGUGUCUUCCUCUUUCUCUUUCUCCCUGUAAUGGCUGCCUGCAGUAAGGUGAUGACUGAGGGGAGUUCAUUGCUUUCUGGAUUCCAGUGCUAACCAUAAAGGAAAUAUCAGAGAGUAACUAUAGAAUUACGAUACAUUUGAAGUACCAGCUUCUCAUUGUUUAACCUCCCUUCCAAGACCACCUGAUCAGCAACAUGGCUUUUCUUGGGAACACCUCAAAACUCUUUGUGGUGGUCAUUUCACUGGUGCUUAUGCUCCCUGUGGUUGAAGCCCUGGAUUCUGGAGACGCAAUUGCUCUCUUGCUAGGUGUAGUUCUCACUAUCAUUGGAUUCUGUGCCUGUCUAGGCUUAUAUGCCAGGAAAAGAAAUGGACAGCUAUGACUUUUUAAAAAGAUGACUUGGAAAAGCAUAAUCUUAAACUCUACUUGUUACGAGUUUAAAACUGAGCCUCAGUUCCUGGCAACUUUCAAAACCAUGGAGCACGAUCCUGCAAACCCUUCUUGCUAUGCUAUCCUUGGUAAUAAAAACUAUUACUGGUAGAAGGAGUUUACAGGAUCUGUCUUCAUGACAGUAAGAAGAUGAUUAUUUCAUAUUCCUUGGGAUGAGGGGUUGCAUUAAAGUAAAGAUGGAAACAAGCUAUUUGAAGAAGAAAUAAUUGCCCAGAUUCAUUCACAGUGAAAGUUCAUAUACUGAAUAUAACAUUUCUACAAUUUGAUUUCAAGGUUUAGUCAGCAGGAAAGCAGCCAUAAACCUCCUUGUCAGGAUAAUAAAGAUUUGGAAAUAUUGACGCACUCUUAAUAUGAUAACUAAAGAACAGCCUACUUAGACUUAUGUGUGUGUGCAGAUGUUCUUUCUAAUUAAAGUUAAUCUGCCCCGCAGCAGCUCACUUCUGCUGUAGUCAGGCUGAGACAUGGGCAAAAUAGACAAAUGUGCAAAACCUUUUCUUCUGUAUUUUUAUCUUAGAAUGUGCCUCUUCUGUAGCUUGGAUUCCUGUUUCAAAUUGGAAUCAGAUUUAAUCAAUAGCUAUGCUUAAGUAUUAGACCAUGAUUUAUCUUUAAAAUGUGUAUGAUACAUAGGAGAGUAUAUGUAAUAUAUCGGCCAGUCAAACAAGGAAAAGAUUUCUGAAGAAAAGAUUGAAAUGACCAAAUGUUUUAUGCAUAUAUCUGUUGGUUCAUAUACAUUUAUGUUUAGUUUUCUUUGAGGUGCUCACAUUUUGGGGGUUUCUUGUUUUGCAACAGUGAAGACUUACAUAUUUUGUUCAGUGACUGUUUUUUAAUUCUGAGCAAUAGAGUUAUAAAAACCAGAUGCUUAUGUAACUUUUCCCCAUGUGAUCAAUAAACUCAGUACGCUCUUUGAUGAAGUCUAAAUGCCAGUGAA